GCCAGCUGUUGCUGCUGGAAAUGUGCGCGGUUGAAAGGAGCGCUCCUGAAUCAUUGUCAUCUAGCAUCAGGUGGACAUUUCUAGCCACGGCACCUCGUAUUCUCUUCAACGACAACGAAUAGUUCUUGAAUUAUUUAAAGACAUUCCAAAAAAUUGUAAUAUAGACACUGCUGUCCUAUUUAUCAGUCAAUACCGGCUCAAACACAGAGUAACCUACAGUUAAGAACAGGGCCGAACGUGACACCGGAGAGAUAUCGAAGAACAGUGUUAAGCCAUCUGUCAGACACGCAGACCGUAAACACAAUGGGAAGGAAAAAAAUACAAAUCUCUCGUAUCCUGGACCAGCGGAAUCGACAGGUGACAUUCACCAAGCGUAAGUUUGGCCUGAUGAAGAAAGCGUAUGAGCUGAGUGUGCUGUGUGACUGUGAGAUCGCCCUCAUCAUCUUCAACAGCACCAACCGUCUGUUCCAGUACGCCAGCACUGACAUGGACAAGGUCCUGCUCAAGUACACAGAGUACAGCGAGCCUCACGAGAGCAGGACCAACACAGACAUACUGGAGACUCUGCGGAGGAAGGGCCUGGGCCUGGACGGGACAGAGCUGCUGGACACGGAGGAACCUAUGCAGGUGGCAGCAGAGAAGUAUGGCCCACACAGCGAGGGCAUGGACCUCUCCCUGGCCCGCCAGCGCUACUACGCCCCCUCCUUGCACUCACCAGAGGCCCAGUUCCUGGUGUCUACUGGCUGUGAGAAUGGAUACCCCAACUCCUCCAACCCCAGCCAGAGCUCCCACAGACCCCCGGCCUUCAAGCCCCUGGGCCCCAGACCAGGCUCAGCCAGCCCUGCAGGGCCGCACUGCCAUGCUGCCUUCAUGUCCCCACACUCAGGUAUUGGCAACUCUAUGUUCUCCCAUGGCAACCUGAGCCGGGCCUUGGAGAUGAAGACUCCUCCCCCUUUGAAUCUGGGCAGUGAGAACCGGCGGACAGAGAGCCACCCUGGCAUGGGUGGCACACGCGCCAACUUUAGCAGUUCUAGAGGCCUACUGUACCCGGGCAUGCACCCAGGGAACCACAUGCUGGCAAUGGGGAAAACAGGUCUGCUGAGCCAUGGUCUGGGGGGCUACAGCCUCUCCUCUGCUGGACCAUCUGACUACAGUCACCCAGGUUUCUCCCAUGCUGUGAGUCUACAGCGUGGGACAGUGAACCCAUGGCAGACAGCACAACCACAGGAGCAGCAUGUACCUCACCUCAGCCCAGCGAUGUCCAGUGGAGGGUGCUCUUUUCCUUCUCAGUCCUCAACCCCCACCCCUCCUCCUCACCCCUCCCUCAACCUCAGCAUCAAAUCGGAGCGCUCCUCCCCGGAGCACAUCUGCUCCCCGACCUCUCCGCCCGUGCGCCACUUGAGGCAGCACUCUCCAAUGAGCACCUCCGAUUCCGCUCACCACACCCCCCAGGAGCCCUACCCAGCCAAUGAGAGAGAGGAUUUCCCCAAAGGAGGUGUUCCCUACCUGGCUCAGCACGGGGCAGAGGAGAAAGGAGGGCUGCCCCUGAGGCAAUUAGAAAUCAGCGAUGGGUGGCAGAGAUAGCUGGCAGCGACUACCACACACAAAAAUCCUGCCACAUGGCUUCCAACACACAGAGAGAGGAGAAUGGGGAGAUGGGGUUCACUCGUUCACAUCAUCCCAGAGGAAAGAAAUACCCCCCUUAGAGCUGGGCUGGACUCUCCAUUGUGGGCAAUGAACAUGUGGCACUGCCUCUCUGAUCUUGAUACAGUGAGGAGAUACAGUGGGUGUGUUGUUGUUGGGUUUGGUUGGUUUGUCUCUGUGUUGGUUCAGAGGGGUGUCAAAUCACACAUCAAUGCGGUUCUCUCCUCCUGCUUGUGCUACAGCACAGAGCAGAGCAGGGGUGAGAGCAUCAGUCAUUUAGCCACGUAACUUAGAGCACAGUGUUUCCGAUUAAUACUUCACAUUCAGGUCCCCAGUUAAUGUACAUAUGUAACUUUAAUGCUUAGUUUAUCCUUCAGCCCAAAAUCAAUGAAGUGGUCAGCUCACAGGAGACCAAUUAGGGAGCAGCAAGGUUCUAUUCAUCUAUCAUGGUCUCAAUGGGCAUGGCCUCGUGAUAGUGAGUGGGAAGUUGGUCUGGAUAGGAAUUGAUCACAGACAAACAAAAAUGUAAUCUGCAUUUAUGGAUUAUUCUAUUUAAAAUCUGUGCAUUUUUAAGUCUCUCAGGGAUUUAGAUCAUUGGUUCCAUUAUAAAGGUUUAGUGUUGCUUUUUAAGACUAAAAUAAUACUGAGCAAAGCUGUUUGUUUUUACACCAUAUCCUGCAUAGUUUAAUUAUUUCUUUUUGGACACUGGCCUUAAUCAUGUAAAAUUAUGACAUCAAUUUAAGACCAAAGGAUAUGUAAUGGGUUUAUUUUCUUAAAUAUGAAUAUUCGCUAUAAACCAAAGUUUAGCAUCUAAUGUAUUUCUAGAAAUAUCUAAAGGCAUGUAAGAAUCAUCCAUCAGUAGUAAUCAUUAUACGUCUUCAAUCUAUUCCCCCUUGUGAACAGUUAAGGUCCAUAUUCAGUAUAACCAUUUUAUAAAGUUGAGCUUUAUUUUGUUUAAAUAAAUGAAAAAGCUCAGGGCUGGACUACCGCAUUUGGGGUCACUGGGGAACCGACCUCCAGGUCCCCUGCUUUUCAACAUAUUUUGUAUUGAAAAAAUGUGCAGUUUUAAAUCAAAAUCAAAUCAAAUGUUAUUUGUCACAUGCGCUGAAUACAACAGGUGUAGACCUUACAGUGAAAUGCUUACUUACAAGCCCUUAACCAACAAUGCAGUUUUAAGCUCUCUCCACUGGCUUCCAGUUGAAGCUCGCAUCCGCUACAAGACCAUGGUGAUUGCCUACGGAGCUGUGAA